UGGUGCUCAUACAUUGUCUCGUUGACAUUGAAAUGCGAAGAAAUUUAAAUGUUUCUCCAACACUAAGAUGUCAUCUGUGAAUAUUUUGUAUGAUUGGUUAAGCUGAAAGUAUAAUUUGCAGUGGUGUUUGACCGAUGUUAAAAAUUGACAUAAUACUCAAUGUCGACAGUAUUAUUCUUCCGGUUGCUGAAUAUAGAAAAAUAAUCAACGAGAUAGUCACAAGAAGUUAGCGAAAGGACAAGUAAGCACUUUGAGAAUAUUGUCAGUAUAAGCCAUAACAUUGAAAGAUAUUGUGUGAUUUGAGUUUUGCCUCUUACACCCGUUCUAUAAUGCAAUCAUCGAAUGAAAUUUUACGUUCGCUUUAUAAGAAAUUUUUCCAGCAAUGGAGUGAUUAUUUGAGUAGUUUGUGGGGUCAAUCACGAGCCCUCCGUGAUGGCAAUAGGGCCAGUAAUGCCGUUUUAACAAUACGUCGUCAACAAAAGACAGAGGAAAUCCGGCAAGAGCAAAUGAAUGUCCUCCGAGAGAUAAUUGCUGCUCGUGAAAUAGCACAUCACUGCCAACGCAAUAACUAUGUUUACAAGCAACUGCUUGAGCUUGGGAAAUUUCGUUUCGACAUUGACCUUGAAAAGUUGUCCCUAGUGCAAAGAAUGUUUCUCGAGAAUCGUUUUAUAUUCGAAGCGAUUGCAAAACAUAUUCACGUUAAGGAUUUGUUUACUGAGGUACAAGUUCAUCCAGCUUUGGACAAUUUUGCCAUCAGCAAAAGUUGUAUAUCCCCCGAACUACUCAAUAGUUUAGUACGUUGUCUGUUGGAUAAUGCGUAUCGGGGUAAACCCCGUAUAUUUACUGAUGCAUCCAAAUCAGUCGAUGGUCGUUGUGGGCUAGGUGUGUACGAUGAGACCAACGGCACACAAAUCAUGAUGCAGCUAAAGUUGGAUACUAGUAUUAUGACUGCCGAAACACUGGCUAUUAAAGUAGCAAUGCAGCACAUCGAAGAUGUUGGAAUUAAUAAUGCGAUUCUGCUGACGGACAGUCAGGCAGCAUGCGUUUUUCUCAAAAAGAGCAGAAAUACUCGCUUUAGAAAUUCGGUGGCGAACGAUAUUCUUGCAAAAGCGAAACAUACAAAUACAACUUUCCAGUGGAUCCCAAGCCAUGUACAAAUCGACGGUAAUGAUACAGCAGAUCGGCUGGCGAAACAGGCGUUGUGUACUGCACCCGAAAUUGUACUUGAUAACGAUAUUUUUGUAAAUGACGCGGUCAGUUACUUCGAAGAACGACAAGCGAACAGAAUCAAUCGCUGGUAUCAAGAAUACAUCAAUCAAAAGGGACUGUCGCUUAAGCAGGUUACUGGUGAAACCGAAGGGGAAGAUCCUUACUGGUUUACGACGCAAAGCUACGCGCAGUGAGUUUCUAUUCUUGUCUUUGGACAGUGUGUUAGAUGUUACAAAGUUGAAAUAUCAGCUGGAUAAAAUAGAUUCCUGUUGCGUGCCGCCUGCGUUGGAGCAGUUCACUAACAUCGUUGGAACGCCACAGCCACAGUACAAAGUUAGCCGUUGUUAGUAACAGACACGGUUCUGUUCGGGAGCGGAUUUCCACCUUCUUCGGUAUAGUCAACAGACCCGGGCAGAACGCGAUUCUGUCUCUCGGUUAUUUGGGAGGAUACAUCUCGAGAAUAUAAUCGUAAAGCUACGGUUGUUAGUAACAUUAUUACAGCGUGAUGCAAAAGUGAACAAAAAACGUGCCAGUCGGUAACAAAUACUAGCUAAGCGUAGUAAUUGUGAUAAUAUACUAACACACCAGACUGAAAGAUUACCGAUGUGAACAUAUAUAGCAGUGAGACAUAUUGAAUGGUUCUUUCAUUUGUUAUCAGUCAGACAGUGUCCGGCAAAGAGUGUGUUCAGCGUUGAAGAGCAUACCGCACAGUCGGAUGUGAAACCUGGCGGUCUGACUACUCAGCGGGGCUGGUGUGGCGAUCGAAUAGAUACGGGCUGUGAUGUGAAACAUAAUUUGAGAUUUUAAGCUUAGCGUGGCCGAUUGUUUUCUCGCUAGAAGCAAGUUUUUUUUUGUUGUAAUUUGGUGAAGUGAUUUUGGCACACACAAAAAAAUACAUCAAAAUGGAUGUGGUAUACACAAGCGACAGUUGCGACAGUGAUUCGCGAGAGCAGAAAACCGUCGAUUUUGGCCAUGCCAACAAACGCCAUUUGGACGAAGAUCUCCUGCGCAUGUGCAAAACGAGAAAGUUAGCCGAAGAUAUCGAAACGGUACUGCUAAACCAUAACAACCUGUCCACCGUUCCGAUAUCCAUCACCGAGUUCGGCAACCUGCGAGUGUUGGAUCUUAGUAACAACAGUCUGGAGCAGAUACCGGAGGUGAUAACACAACAAUGCCAGCUGACGACGCUGAUUGUGAAGAAUAAUCUGCUUGGCAACAAUUCACUCCCGAAAACGCUUCUUUCGCUGAAUGGCGGCGGUUUGAAGGAACUGAACUUGAGCGGGAAUCGUUUCACGCACUUUCCGGAACAGGUGACCGAGCUGAAGACCCUCAAAUAUUUGUACCUGGGCGGCAAUCAGAUUGCGAACGUCUCCAAAGACAUCUGGAAGUUGCAAAACCUCCAGCUUCUAUCGCUCGGCGGAAACUUGAUCACCGAAAUCCCGGAAACCGUCGGGUUGCUCAACAAUCUCCACGCACUUGUGCUCUGUGAUAACCUGCUCGAGGUGCUCCCGAGUUCGAUCGCCCGUUUGGUCCACCUCAAGUCGCUGCUGCUGCACAAAAAUCGUCUCAAGCAUCUGCCGCGCGAGAUCAUCACACUCAAAAACCUAACCGAGCUCAGUCUGCGUGACAACCCGUUGGUGGUACGCUUCGUCAAGGACAUGACGCUGAAUCCACCCACUCUGCUCGAGCUCGCAGCGCGAUCGGUAAAAACCGCCUCGAUCCCGUACGGUCCGGGAGAUCUACCGCGGACAUUGAUUGAGUAUCUGGAAACGGCCAAUUGCUGUGUCAAUCCACACUGCAAAGGAGUAUUCUUCGACAAUCGCGUGGAACACAUAAAAUUUGUUGAUUUUUGCGGCAAAUACCGUAUUCCCCUGCUGCAGUAUUUGUGCUCCUCCAAGUGCAUCGCCGAUACGAGUACCUCGGAUCUUCACGGAGAACCAAGCAGCAGCAUGAUGCGAAAGGUUUUACUCGGAUGAUUCUGGCUAUCAUAUCUAAGUCAUUUUCGAUAGCAGGCAUCGGGUCGAGCACGCUAGUUAUGCAGAAAACGUUCUACGACUGUGCAGAAAAAUAAACGUACUAAUACGUUAGACUCGUAGAAAAUCAUAUUGUCGAACAAUUCUGAGGGUUAUUUACAAAUACGAAGCUUCAACACUUUCAUAUUCGCUUUUAUAAACUGUCUAACACUAAACAUUGUGAUUGGCUCCAAGAGCUUGUGGUUUCCGGGUAUUCAUCAUUCUAACAAAUCAGAUUUUGAAUAUUAUGUGCCGUAUGGUGACCCGGUUGUUAUGGAUUAUUAA